AUGGCCUCGUCCACCACUUUGCGUGCCUUUCUGUCGCGCGUCCUGGGAAUCAGCGCACCGGGCGGCGUGUGGAGGCUGAUUGCCCUGAUUCUGGCCGCCAUCAACUUCAAGAACCUACCAUUUAUGUGGCACAUCCGCCUCUUCCGCGGCCUCCUCUACCACCUCUACCUGCAGCCGACGCCUCUGCCGCCGCGCGCCCUCUUCCAGCCCAUCAUCACGUCGACCCGCUCGCCGCUCGUCGAGUGCGACUACAACCUGCACAAGUCCAACUCGACCUACUUCUCCGACCUCGACGUCUCCCGCAUGCACCUCCUCAGCGCCCUCCUCCGCCAGGGCAUCCGCCAGCGCCACGACCCCACCAAACACAAGGAAUCCCCGACGAAGGAGCUCGGCGGCGACGCUCCGGGCAGCUUCGCCAUCGCCCUCGGCGGCAUCACCUGCCACUUCAAGCGCGAGGUCCCGCCGUACGCCCGAUACGAGAUCUGGACGCGCCUGCUGUGCUGGGACCGCAAGUGGCUGUACCUCGUCUCGCACAUCGUGCGGCCCGGCGUCGCCAAACCGGCGGCAUACACGCUGCAGCCGUGGCGGAAGGGCGGCAAGAAGAAGAACGGCAUCAUCGACGACGGAAUGACGCCCGAGGACGCCGCCAAGCUCCGCGAGAAGCUCAAGGGCGCCGUCUACGCCACCAGCAUCACCAAGUACGUCGUCAAGAAGGGCCGCUGGACGGUGCCGGCCGAGCGCGUGCUCCUCAACUCGGGCGUCCUGCCCGGCCCGCGCCCCGCCGAGCUGGGCUCGCUCGAGUCCAAUGGCAGCGCUUCCGCUCCUCCACCUCUUACAUCUGGUGCUUCGGCCGAUGUGGACGGCUCGUACGUCCUGCCUGCCUUCCCGCCUCGUGACGGUAAGGAGGGCGAGGAUGGCGAGCUGACGUGGGCCGAGAUCGAGGCUGAGCGGCAGCGCGGGUUGAAGCUGGCGGAGCUGUUCGCCGGGCUGGAUGAUGCCCACAAUGAGUUUACUGGUGGCGCCGACGGUGUCUUGGGAGAGUACAAUGACAUGCUUACGCCCUUUUGGUGA